AUGAAGGGGAGCAGCACCCUCCUGCUGGUGGCCCUCACCCUGCUCUGCUCCUGCGGGCUGGCCAUCGGGGAUGACAACAGUGACUUUUUCAUGGACUUCCUGCAAACGCUGCUGGUGGGGUCCCCAGAGGAGCUAUAUGAGGGACCUCUUGGCAAGUACGAUGUCAAUGCAGAUGCCAAGGCAGCACUGACGGAGCUCAAGUCCUGUAUCGAUGGCCUACAGCCUAUGCACAAGGCGGAGCUGAUCAAGCUGCUGGUACCAAGGCUGGGGUGGGGGCGGGGGGUCACCCCAUUCCCUGAAGGUCCGCAGCCCCAGCAGGACACACAGCCCUGCCCCACUAGCCCUCCACCAAAUGCUAUGACUCCUGAUUAUCACCCCAAUACAGCCACCACCCCACAGACACCUUGA